AUGGGCCACGAGCAGCCGCCGUCCUCGGACGACGACCUUGCAGCCCUGCUGCGGCUCAUUUGCCUCUUUGUCCUGAAGCGGCCCAAGGCGCAGGGGGAGCACCUGCGAAUCUGCCCCCAAGGCUAUACUUGCUGCACCAGCGAGAUGGAGGAGAACUUUGCAAACAAAAGCCGAAGCGAGUUUGAAGCCAUGACGAAAGAAGCGGGUCGCUCAGUGCAGAUGAUCCUAACGGCUCAGUACAGGAGCUUCGAUGGUUAUUUCCAGGAUUUGCUGAACAAGUCAGAAAAGGCCCUUUAUGAUGCUUUCCCAAGCAUGUAUGGAGAAUUGUACACGCAAAACGUCAAGGUCUUCAAGGAUUUGUACAGCGAGCUACGCCGCUAUUACAGGGGCUCCAACAUCAACCUGGAAGAGGCCCUCAAUGAGUUCUGGACGCGCUUGCUGGAGCGGCUUUUCAAGCUGAUGAAUCCCCAGUACCACAUCACAGAUGAGUACCUGGACUGCAUGGUGAAACAUGCGGAGCAGCACAAACCCUUUGGGGAGGUUCCCAGGGACCUGAAGGUGAAGGCAACCCGAGCCUUCAUUGCAGCACGCUCCUAUGCCCAGGGCUUUCUUGUGGGCAGCGACGUGGUCAAAAAGGUCUCUCAGGUAUCGCUCAGCCACGAGUGCACUCGCGCCGUCAUGAAGCUGAUGUACUGUCCCCACUGCCGGGGCAUGUCCAGCGUGAAGCCAUGCAACAACUACUGCCUCAACGUUGUGAAGGGCUGCCUGGCCAACCAAGCGGACUUGAACACGGAGUGGAAGUACCUGAUGGAUUCUCUGGUCGUAGUGGCUGAUCGGAUUGAUGGACCGUACAAUGUAGACACUGUAAUAGGAACUAUUCACGUGAGGAUUUCUGAAGCUAUUUCUAACUUACAAGAAAACAAAGACUCAAUCACAGCCAAGGUUUUCCAAGGCUGUGGAAAUCCCAAAAUCAGCACGAGAGGCUCCAGUGGCGAAGAUAAGAGAAGGCGAGGGAAAGUCACAUUAGAAGCAAAAUCCUCUGCAGUAGCACUGGAGAUGCUGGUUUUAGAUGCGAAAGGGAACCUGACAGCCCUCAAGUCUUACUGGGUCACCCUGCCCAGCGUGCUGUGCAGCAAGAAGGUCACGGCCGGCUCAGCAGCGGACGACAAGUGCUGGAAUGGGAUGACCAAGGGCAGCUACCUGCCCGAGGUGAUGGGGGACGGCCUAGCUAACCAGAUUAACAACCCGGAGGUGGAGGUGGACAUCACCAAGCCGGAUAUGACCAUUCGCCAGCAAAUCAUGCAGCUGAAGAUCAUGACAAACCGGCUGGGCAACGCCAACAUUGGGAACGACGUGGAUUUCCAAGAUGCGAGUGACGACAUGAGCGGCUCCGGGAGCGGCGACGGCUGUCCUGACGAUGUCUGCGGCAAAAGACUCGCUAAGAGCCCCAGCACCAGGCAGCCAGAAACGCACGCUAUUCCCAAGCAGUCGGGACACGGCGUCAGUGGGGCCAGCAGCAGAUCAUUGCCUUCUGCCUUCCUCAUCCUCCUUUCGGUGGCUUUUAUUGCCGCGCAGCACUUGUGGCGGUAACUCACUAGCACAGCCAGGAAAGAGACUGCGGCCGAGGGCUUCGCUUUGCCAAAACCGACCGACCGACCGACAAAAAGGACAUAUUUAAUUCACCUUGG